CUAGUUGAAUUAUAUUUUAAGAAAUAAUGACAGAUGAAGAGCAAGGAUUGGUUCGGCCGGAAACUCUUUUCUCCUUCGAUACAGAAUACAGUGCUGAUAGUUGUGAGUACAACCCGGAGCUGGGUAUUCUAGCUACUGGAACAUAUCAGGUUAACAAAUUGAACCCUGAAUCUGAAAGUCCUGAAACAGAGAAGUUAGGACGCAUAUACCUUCAUAAGCUUACUCACACGCCAAACCCUGAUUCACAGCCUGAGAGUCCUGUGGGUCUGGACUCCCACCUUGUAUCUCGCUUAGAGAGUCCUGCAGUUUUGGAUAUGAAAUGGAGUAUGCGUGAACCGGUUUUGGGGGUUGUUAACGCUAAGGGUCAACUUGUUAUUUAUAAAUAUACACCAGAAGAACAGACUGCUUCUAUGCUUAGUUCAACAGAUAUAUCAGAAGGAUUGGCUUUGGCAUUAGAAUGGAACAUUUACUAUGAUCGUAUAAUUGUGAGUGAUUCCAAGGGGAAGGUUCGAGUUUUAAACUAUACAGACUCAGAACCAGUGGUUAUUAAUGAGUACAGUGAACAUGGUUACGAGUCCUGGACUUGUUGUUUCUCUGCUAGAGAUCCUAAUCUAGUUUUCUCCGGGGGAGAUGAUUGUAGUUUAAACUGCUAUGAUCUGAGAACGGAUGGUUUGGUACAUAAAAACUCUAAAAUCCAUAGUAUGGGAGUUACAGCUAUGAUAUCAGACAGGGAAAAGGAGCAUCAAUUAAUCACAGGUAGUUAUGAUGAAUGGUUGAGGAGAUGGGACGAAAGGAACCUGAAGCGAGAGGUUGACAGUAUCCAGGUGGGGGGCGGAGUCUGGAGAAUUAAACAGAGAGGCCAAAGGUUCCUAGUAGCAGCUAUGCACGGAGGCUACCUGGUUCUUGAUAAUAUGGAUAUAAUUGCAAGGUACAAGCAUGGAGAAGAGAGUUUAUCCUACGGAGCAGACUGGAUAAAUGAUACGACAGCUGCCUCAUGCUCAUUCUAUGAUCAUGUUCUAAAACUCUGGAGAUUUUCAUAAUCAUCUCUUGAUCCUUGAUCAUGUUUUUUAACCUUUGUUUGCCAAUCUAAUCUUCUCCGUGUUCAAUUGUAUAUUUUUUCUCCUUCAGAAACAUGUCAUGGAAUGGUUAGCUAACAUCCUUAGUCUUAAUACUACAGUUUCUACUGAGAGAGACUGGACAGGUGUGAUAUCAGAUAUAGGUUCGGAGCUACAAAGAAUAGUUCUCGAUUACGCCCUGCUUCCUUUAGGAGGGUUUCUGCUUAGGAACGCAGAGGAAGCCGUAAAAUAUUCCUUGAACGGAGAUUACCAAAGAUACGAGGAGGUUACAACCAGAUCAUUUAACUCUGCUCUUUCCUGGCUUCAACUCUCAUCAUUCCAGUCUAAACUUAUCUGGGAAUUCUUCUUGAUAAUCCUUGGAAAUAGUUUGUUUGUUCUGAUUGCCUGGAAGUGGUACGGAGAAA